AAAAAUGGAUCAGAUGUUGCCUAGUCCCGGAUUUAGCAUACCAAGCAUUGGUACUCCUUUACAUCAGCCAGAGGAGGAUCAGCAAAUUUUGCCUAAUGCGUUACAACAACAGCAACAGCAACAAUCGCAGCAACCACAACAACCACAACAACAAUAUCAAUUACAACAAUUGCAUGCUAUGAGUCCAAACAUCCAAAGUGGAAUGCUUAUGAUUGGGACGCCACAAAAAACUAUGCAUGCCUAUGCAACAGCACCUACUUUUGCAACACCACAAAGUCUUAUGCAACCACAAACGCCGCAAAAUAUGAUGUCUCCACAUCUACAAAAUAGUAAUCAUAUAGCUCCUCCAUCUAUAGCGCCGUCUACUCCUGGUCCUAUGACACCUAUGACACCAGCUUCUGCAGAUCCAGCAAUACUACCACAACUUCAGAAUAUUGUUUCUACAGUUAAUUUAAACUGCAAGUUAGAUUUAAAAAAAAUAGCUCUUCAUGCUAGAAAUGCAGAAUAUAAUCCAAAGAGAUUUGCUGCAGUUAUUAUGAGGAUAAGGGAACCAAGAACUACUGCUUUAAUAUUUAGUAGUGGAAAAAUGGUUUGUACUGGAGCAAAAAGUGAAGAAGAUUCUCGAUUGGCUGCAAGAAAGUAUGCCAGAAUUAUUCAAAAGCUUGGUUUUCCUGCAAAAUUUCUUGAUUUCAAAAUACAAAACAUGGUAGGCAGCUGUGAUGUGAAAUUUCCAAUUAGAUUAGAAGGAUUAGUACUUACACAUGGACAAUUCUCUUCAUAUGAACCAGAACUCUUCCCUGGAUUAAUAUAUCGUAUGGUUAAACCCAGAAUCGUUUUAUUGAUAUUUGUUUCAGGAAAAGUAGUUUUAACAGGAGCAAAAGUUAGGCAGGAGAUCUAUGAAGCAUUUGAUAAUAUCUAUCCCAUUUUGAAGAGUUUUAAAAAGCAAUGAAUUUAUUUUUCUUUAAAACCGUUAAUAUUAUGCGUUACGUGGGUAAAACUGAGCAGGAUCUUCAAAAUUUAUCCUCAUGGAAUAACCUGAAAAAAUACCGACCACUUAGGAAGUAAAGUGUCUUCUCGAUAACAUGGUGCCUUGAUCGAGAGGUAGUUAUUGCUAUUUUUAAUUUGAUUUUUAAAUUAUAUAUUUAUAUAAUGUAUAUACUAUUGGUGUAAAACAAAUUUUAUUUUAUUUAAUGCAUUAAGUAUAGUUCCAAUUAAAUAGAGA